CAGUAACCCAACCAUCACAUCGGAGGCGGGGGUCUUCGGAUCGAACCUACGCAUAAGCGUAUACCUUUUUUCUGAGUCAAAUUCAACAAAACGUCACAUCAUUCCAAAAGCCUCUCUCGCCCUUUCAACACCAUGGCUACGCCCCAGUACCUAACGGGCGACAAGAUUGCCAUCAAACAAUUCCUGGACCGAUUCGAUGUAUUUCUCUUCGACUGCGAUGGCGUUCUUUGGUCAGGCGACCACCUCUUCCCCGGCAGCGUUCCAGUGCUAGAACUACUGCGCAAGCACAACAAACAAGUAGUGUUUGUGACCAACAAUUCAACCAAGUCGCGACAGGACUACCGCAAGAAGCUGGAGAGUAUGGGAAUACCCGCCACGACCGAAGAGGUUUUUGGCUCGUCGUAUUCGGCCAGUAUCUACAUCUCGCGAAUCCUGCCACAGACACAUCCGGAGCUCAAGAAAAGGAACAAAGUCUUUGUCGUUGGAGAGGCUGGUAUCGAGACUGAACUCGACUCAGAAGGUGUUCCUCACUUGGGUGGCACUGAUCCCGCAUACAGAAGAGAUGUCACUCCGGAAGACUAUAAACUGCUAGCUGCGGGGGAUCCUUCGGUCUUGGAUCCAGAUGUUGGUGUGGUUCUGGUGGGCUUGGAUUUCCAUUUCAAUUAUCUCAAGAUGUGCUAUGCCUACCACUAUAUCAAACGAGGUGCCUUGUUUCUGGCGACCAACUUGGAUUCCACCUUACCGUCUGCGGGUGCCUUGUUCCCUGGUGCGGGCAGUAUUUCGGCACCUUUGAUCACCAUGCUGGGCGGACAACAACCUACUGCAUUUGGAAAACCCAGUCAGGCCAUGAUGGAUGCGAUUGAGGGAAAAUUCAAGUUCGACCGAAGUCGUGCUGUCAUGAUCGGCGACCGCGCAAACACCGAUAUCAAGUUUGGUCUUGAGGGAAAACUCGGCGGAACCUUGGGUGUCUUGACUGGCGUCAGUACCAAGAAGGAUUUCCUAGAGGGCGAUACCAGACCCGCAUAUUAUGUUGACGAACUGGGAGAUUUGUUACAAGGUGCUUAAGAUGCACUUGUUGUUCAGACUUUGAUCCCCAUCCUGUGUCAUGACGACUCAUAGACGACACCAGGACCAGGCACCUCCCGAGUGUCUUAGAAAUGACUUUUACACGAUAAGCAAAAUGAUAACCAACUCCCUAGACCAAGGUCGAGUGCAAUAAACAAG